GUCUGAUAGAAAUUGACAUGUCAUGAAAUGGAAAAAAGUAGUAAUUAGAGAUAAAUAGAAUUUGAAUUUUAAAUUCAAUUUCGUGAGCAAAAGCAAAGGGCAAUAAAAUGAUUAUAUAAUAAAUGAUAGACAUGAGUGAAAUUGAUAAAAGUCUCAACGAGCAAUCAUUGCUGGAGAACAGAAACGCGAAAUGGAAGCAAUUACCAUUGGAAGCAGAUAGCAAGAGAAAGAGAGAAAGAGAGAGAGGGAAUACUAGACUACUUUUAGUGAAAGCCAUAGAGAUUAUACAAUCAGCACAGGCAAUUGGAGAGAGAAUUGGCUUUGAUGGUGGUUUAACAAAAAGAAUGCGAAUACUUUGAAGCUGCGAGAAGUUAUUAAUUGAUAAAAUCAGAUU